AUGUCGGCUCGGUACUUUACUGAUCAAAGUACUGGCAUGGUAUUGUUAGCCGGGAAUUCCCAUUUGGAAUUAGCAAGACUAGUUGCAGAGCGCUUGGGAAUUAAGCUUGGAGAAGCGAUUAUUUACAAUAGAACAAAUCGUGAAACUUCAGUUGAAAUUAAACAGAGUGUUCGGGGAAAACAUGUAUUCAUUCUUCAGUCUGGUUCAAAAGAUGUGAAUAAUAACAUCAUGGAACUGAUGAUAUUAAUAUAUGCAUGUAAAACUUCAAUGGCAAAAACGAUAACAGUAGUGAUGCCAUAUCUGCCUUAUAGCAAACAGUGUCGAAUGUUACGCCGAUCGUCCAUACCAAUGAAGCUUAUCGCUGAUAUGAUGUGCAAUGCUGGAGCGACACGAAUAGUUUCUCUCGAUUUGUACAGAAAGGAAAUCCAAGGAUUCUUUUCAGUACCUGUUGAUAAUUUGCGUGCUUCGCCUUUUUUAUUACAGUACAUAAAAGAGAAUAUACCGGAUUAUAAAAAUGCUGUGAUAGUUGCAAAGAAUCCCGGCGUUAUGAAUAAAGCAACAUCCUACGCAGAUCGACUGAGAUUAGGUGUUGCUGUCAUACACGGUGAACAGAAAGAUGUUGAAGAAAGUGGUUUAGAGGAUGGACGACAAAGUCCACCGCUGGAUGGUAAGCCAAACGAAAAUCUCACCGCUUUUGAGAUGUUUCCAGCUCAAGUUGCAAAAGAAAAACCUCCACUAACAGUUGUUGGUGAUGUAGGUGGACGUAUAGCAAUUAUGGUGGAUGAUAUGAUCGAUGAUGCGCAAUCUUUCGUCGCUGUUGCGCAAGUGUUAAAAAAUCAUGGUGCUUAUAAAAUUUAUGUCAUAGCUACACAUGGAUUAUUAUCAGCAGAUGCUCCUGAUCUUCUUGAAUCUUCACCCAUUACUGAGGUAAUUGUAACAAACACAGUACCCCAUGAUGUACAGAAGCUGCGCUGUCAUAAAAUUAAAACAGUUGACAUAUCAUCGGUGUUAUGCGAAGCAAUCCGACGAAUUUAUCACAACGAGUCAAUGGGGCAAAUGUUCCGAGGUGUAACAAUUGGUGAUUGA